CACGGGUCGACUCAACAUUGGGGUCACUUCUCAAACUUUGAGUCACGUUAUAAAUGAACGAUAGUCUCUUCUUAGAAUCACAAGCAACGGAAAUCUUUAAAACAGUCACAUAUACGCGGAGAUAUGUCACUACGGAGGUAGAGCGUUAAAGACGGGAUAUAACUCUUUCAAUUUCUGGCGUUAACGGUGAAGUGAUCAUGGGUUUUAUCCGAGUAAAAUUGAUAGAAGUCGAGCCGGCGUCGACUUGGGUGAAAGACCCACAGUCCUUUGAUUGUUACUGCGCUGUGCACAUAAAAGAAGCAGUGAUGUCUGCAUCGCAGGGAAUUUCACUAGUGCAGAAGAAAAAGACAAUUUAUCCAGAAUGGAACAAGUGCUUUGAUACUCAUUUAUACGAAGGCCGAGUAAUAACCAUUGUAGUUCUACAGAAACCUACUGGAAAGGUUGUAGCCGAUGUCUCAAUUGGAGUUCAGUUCUUGGUUGAUCAAUGCAAGCGUGAUGCACAUGGUUUUUCCAGUGUUUGGGUGAGUUCGUAUCAAAUUCUAACUACGCUUCUAUUUUCGUUGUGAAAACUUCUCCCGGUAAUAGGCCUCCUCUUCUUGCAAACUUCAAUCAUGUUUCGACAUCUGCCAUCCCUAUAAAUAUCCAUACUAAUAUAUUAAAACCUUUCAGAUUGUAUCGAUCGUGGUUUUAGUCUAAAGAAGCAUGUAUUCGUUAUUUUUCCUUCUGCUCUGUACAAAUUAAUUUCACGGCUAAUUGAGAUUAAGAAGCUUAGAGAUGCCUUGAGAUUAAGAAUGGGAAACAAAAGCGUUUUAAUUACUUUGGGAAUAAAAAGCGAAUUAUUAGGUUUACUAUCGCACUUCAAACGGAAUCCGAGCUACAAAUUUGCAUAAAAGUACAUUUUGUUUUAAAUAUAGUUUGUAUCGGUUUGUAAUGCUGAAGCUCUUGGCGACAGUAAAGUAUGUGAUAUUUGUAAUCGUCGAAGAAUGUUGCAAAAUUUGCAUCAAAAUCUUUUGUAUAACUUGUUGUGUUGGACGAAUCUCAGGAGUGUGAGGAAUAAAGCACAGACUACCUUUGCCAUUUGAAAUAAUCGCACUGAUAUUCUUUGUAAAAUGAUUGAAUACUCGGCUGAAUAUUCUUAAUGUCUUUCUAAAUUUGUCCCUGGAGAAGUAACUGAAAGGGAUCCCAUCUUUGAAACAAAUUAUUAGUUCAAUUAUGCGUUUACAUUGUAGUUUCCAAUGUUUUUUUUUUCCAGAGGUAUGCAUCAAAUAUUAUUUAAGCACAAUAAAAAUUCAUAUAAUCACCUGAUUUGCAUUGAUGGGAGACAAUAUUAUUGUUGUGUUCUAUCAUGCCUUGGCUACAUGAUGCUUCUUAAUUACUUUCAAUAUUAUCUCUCAACUAAACAAGAGAUGAUUGUCGCAGUAUUGAAAUGACAUGAUUCGAUUUUGGCAAAUAUAUUUUUCAACCUAUGUUUGUAUUGAUCAGGGCUUGACAGCAGCUUUGCAAACAGGAGAUUGUCAUUUCCUGUAGGCAAGCUGAGUCAGAACAGAAAAACCACAUUGCAAUGUUCUUCAGAAGCACUGGCAGACAGUGCUUUUGCUGCCUACUCAAUCUUGAAGUACCAGCUUCUAAGAUUACAAAUUAGACUUGUCUUGAUCUGAAAUAAAUUUUAGCUUAAUUUUUUAUGUACCCAAAGAGAUUUAUUAAAACUGGGAAGGAAACAGUGAGUUCACCUUUUUGCUCCCAAGUGACCAAGAUAUAAUCUCUCCUCACAGUAUCUCUAUAUUAUCAAGCAGCUAUGUGAUGAGACUUGGAAAGAAUGUUAAAUAGGGGAUUAUCAUUUGAUUCAUCACCAAUUUUUUAACACAAUCUUUUUUUAAGGAAUGUGCAUCAGACAAUUAAGAGAAUUUUCAUUCAGAUCUUGGUAAUGAAAGGGUAAAAGCAGUGGGAAGAGAUUCUGGUGAAGUAGAUGCUUGUGUUCCACAGGCACUUGCCUGAUUCUCACUGGCAUGAACUCAACAUGCCUAGCUUUGCUCAAAUGGUUAACCUCAUGUUAGCUGUAUGAGACAUUAAAAAAACAACUCUCUGAUCACAGUUCAAUUUGAUAAAUGGUAAAAAAGGUGUUAUAAUAGUGAAACCAGCUUACUGGAUUUUAAUCAUUAAAAAAUAAUGGCUGAGUUGUAAGUGAAAAAAUGUUUUUUUCUUCCUUCUCUGAUAUAGCUGGAUCUUCAACCCAAUGGCAGACUACUGGUUCAAGUGCGGCAUUUUAUUGAAGUUUUAGGUAAUUAUUUUGUUUCUUGUUGUAGACAAUUCCAGGAAAAUGAGGAUGUUGUUGUCAUGUGUGUUCUGAGAAAGUUGAAAUUCUAGCACCAUGAUGAGUUUUAAUUUCUCAUCUGUUAAUUUUUUGAUGACUGAUUUUGUUGUCUCUUCAGGGAAAAUGGGGAAGUUAUUGUUGAGUGUAUUCUGAGAAAGUUGAAAUUCUAACACCACAAUGAAUUUUACUUUGCCAUCAGUUUGAUUUUUGAAUGAUUGGUUGAUAGAUUUUAGUCUUUUUUUGCUAGAUAAUUAGCAAACUACUGACAUAUUAUUAUGGGAAAGUGAAAAAAUCGUAAAUGGAAAAGAUCAGAGCAAAUGAUUCAAGGAUUAAAUGGAUUUUAAAAAAAAGCCCAAAGUGUUUCUGGUAGAAUGCUUCAUUCUCUUAAGGAAUUAUUUGACAUUAUUUUGUGAAAGAGAGGCAGAAAUGACUGCUGUAUCAGAUGUCACUCAGAGCUUUAUCUUAUUGAAAUUGUAGUCUGUCAACAGGCCUUCAUUGUUAGCCUCUCGGCCUAAGAGUUUCUUUAUCCAGAGGAUAGUAUGAGGCCUUGAGUGAUGGGAAAAAAUAAUGAGGGUGUAUUUGCACACUAUUUAGCGUGUUUGAUCUAAGAUUACCUUAUUCUAUAACUCUCUAUAAAAUGUGCUGCUUACUUUGAUUAUUAUUGUUUACCUGUGAUUUUACAGAUGACCCUACCAAAGAAGGUAAACCCCAUGAAAACCACAGUGGGCUCACUGGAAGGCGUGGUGCCAUGCGAAAACAGAAAUGUCACAUUUUUAAUGGUCACAAUUAUGUUGCCAGAUUCUUUCGGCAGCCUGUGUUUUGUUCUGUUUGUACAGAAUUUAUGUGGUAAGUGUUAGUUAAAGCUACUUCAAACCAUUUUUAAGACUGUUGAAACAUUUAUGUUUAUCAUUACUGAUUAAAAUGUGCCAUCAGCUCCAAUAAGCUGUAGUAAGCACCUGAUAUCUAACCAAUAUAAACUUCUGUCAAUUAAUUUUAUUAUUUCAGGGGAUUUGGAAAGCAAGGAUAUCAAUGUACUGGUGAGCUUUGUUAUUCAUAAUCGAUGCUUAACUAAUUUUUUUUCUUUUUUUUUAAUGCCAGUUAAUGUUACUGAGCAAGGGUGGGAAUUAGAAGUCACCCCUUUAGCACAGCUUGGAAAAGCACAAGGGAGCACCGGGCAGCCAAAAUAAUUUAGCAAACAGCCCAUUUCACUAUUAACUCUAAAAAAUCCACUUGUUAUUUUGAAUGCUUGGAGGGCUCGGCAGCUCCCAGAGCCCUUGCCUGUGGAAGGGGCCUUUAGCUCUUAGUGCUGCCUGCUUUGUAUCACAGUCUUGUUACACAAAAUUGUUUUGACAACCUUGUGAGCAUCUUAUAUUAUCACUUAUGGGUUAACACCAACAGACAAAGAAUAAUUAAGGAAGAGGAGUGAAGGAAUGAAACUUUUAUUUGUAGGUCAAAGUUAUAUUUUGCAGAUUUUUGUGUUGAAAAAACAAAAUUUUGUGGUUUUGAGAGAAUUGAAGUUUGUACUUGAGAGUAAUCUUUGCAAGAACACAAUUCAUUGAGGCAUCCAGUUUUUGAAACCUGGACCCCUUUGCUCAUUAUCUGGGGCAGGGUCCAGCAUGCUAAACAUUAAGGGCAGGUUACUUAAACAAAGUUAAGCCCUUUUUAACAAAACCACAUUCUAAACUAUCUUGAAUUUAGCUGAAUCUUUUAUCUGAACAUAUAUUUUUGUGAACAGUGUCAAGAGGGCAAAAAGCUAGCAUUGGAAGGACAUUUAUUUAAUGAAAAGAACCCUCAUAUAAAGAAUACAUAAGACCCACUGCUUUGGUAAAACUGCGGUUGGGGUUAUACUCUGUGUCUCCUACUGCUCUCUCCAUGAAUGGUGCAUUUGCUAAAAUUACCUUUUUGAACUUUCAGUUUGUACAAAGGUGUGUCAUAAAAAGUGUCAUGACAGAAUUGUCAGUCACUGCCCUGGAACACAAAAUGUAGCUGAGGAAACCAAGGUAUUGGUUGAUUUUAACUCCUAGAAGUGAUAAACAUGUAACUUCUUUAAAACUUUGGAAGUUUUUGAGCAGAGUAGUGAAGUGAGACCCAAAACACCUUGAGAUCUUUUAGAGUUCUUUCUGUCAACUUUUACCUUUAUAAAUGAGUUUUGAUAAAAAUUGUUGAUAUUGUUUUAUCAAAUAUUCCAGCAUUCAUUUCCAACAAAAAAGAUUUUAAGUUUCCAAGGACAUACUGACUCAAACUUCGUUACCCAGUAACCAUAUGUCCUUUCAGAGGACUGUUUGUCUGAAACUUGAGGACCUGGCUUAAAAGUCAGCAAAUGGAAGAUUUUGAUCAGAAAUAAGACGAUCAGUUAAACUAUUGUUAUAAAGGAGACGAAUAUUUAACGAUCAUCUAGGGAAAUUAACACCGAAACCUCUGUUUGAAGCCAGUUUAUUCUGAUUGGAAGUAAUCAGAUGACAAGAGGGAAAUUCUUCAGCGAGUACUUUAGCAAAGGAGCCAUCUUCCUCUCAUCUUCUUGAAUGCACUGCAUGUGGAGUUAUUAUCUUGACCUAAGACCAACUCUUGUAAAUUAUUUCUAUGGAAAUGUGUAGGAGACAGAGGAAAGAAUUACCAAUCAGAUCUUAGGAAUUGUUUCUUUCUUCACUGGCAAUUUCUUUUACUGAUGCUGUUGUAAUCUUUGUUUUUCUAGAAAAUGAAGGAGAGAUUCAAAGUUGACAUUCCACAUAAAUUGGGGCUAACGACAUAUUUAAGACCAACUUUUUGUGACCAUUGUGGAUCAAUGUUGUAUGGAUUAUACAAACAAGGCCUGAAGUGCAAAGGUAACUGUCAUUUUGAGUUUAUUUUAGAAGAGAAAAAAAAAUCAUUUAGCUGACAGGCCCAACCGAUGAAACCAAAUCACGGUUGCGAAGGAGACUAACAGUUUUGUGUCUUGUCUAGAAUGUGGCUUGAACUACCACAAGAAGUGCGAGAGAUUCAUUCCAAACACUUGCGGUAUCAACCAAAUGAUGCUCGCGGAGGCAAUAGCCAUCACGAAGGUGAGCACUUAUUGUUGCAGUUAAGCUGAGCCUAGGUAACUCGCAAUGUACUGUGUCUAAUCUAUGGUUUCACACAAGUUUGUGUUUCCGAGUGGAAGGUGACGCGUUUGGUGCCAGGGUCUUGUGGAUGGCAACCUGUCCAAGGCUUGUCUCAGUUUGUAAAACGGAGCGGCGGAGCGAAAACGUGGGAACUGUUUUGAAAACUAGAGACCAAAAUGUUAGAGACGAAAUAAUGAUGGAAUAAUAAAUCCCUCAUUUGAUGGUUUAACAUAUAAUACGCGCGAAUAUUUUGCUCAUUGCUUGUACUUCCUCUGUGGAGCUCGAAAAAAAAUACUAUGCAACUCGCAAAAUAUCCGUGCGUAUUAUACAUGUAUGUUAAACUAUCGAAUAAGAUGUAUGUAUACUGCUCGAAAGCGUUGCGUGACCAUGUUUUUUUAAAUUUGAUUCCUCAUCACUCUCUGCAGAAAGAGAGGAUACGCAAGAUUAGCCAAGAGCAAAGGCAAGCUCUAGGGGGCAAACCUUCUCCCACAGCUCGUAGUAACAAUGAUGAUGAUGAUGAUGACGAUGAUGAUGACGACGACCAUGGUGUGUAUGAAACUCUGUGGGACGCAAUUUCUCCACCUGUGCCUCAGAGGACAGUCAGUAUCAAAGGAAAAGAUGUCAGAAGGAUUGAACAACCUCUCUACCACAUCGAAGAUUUUAAUCUGCUUAAAGUUCUGGGAAAAGGGAGCUUUGGCAAGGUAAAAUGAGACGUAAAUUGGAACGCUUUUGAAGCGAUCUCGAGUGAAAGUCACAAAAUCGUAGUUAUUGGAGUUGAAGAUAUGUGACAGUCACAAACCGAAGGAAAAUGAAGUGUUAGAUGUACUGAAUGAAAUUGUAAUUUUUCUCUUCAUACUCUGAAACAAAACUAACUUUAGCAAUUAACCCUUUACGCCCUAACAUAAAAAUGCAUGUUCAAUAUACUGUUUUCCAUAUAUUUCCAAGGGCCCUGACAAGGAGAAUUUGUGUAUCAUUGUGACUUUAAUGUGUGAUUCAGGGGUAAUAUUGUGAAUAGAAAGAUUCGACGCUUGUCUCUUUUAGGGGCUAAAAGGGUUUAAGACAUCAAUCUGCUUUUAUGCGGAUUUUAGGAAAUGUACCGUGGUUUGAAACUUAAAGAGAGUUAAGUGCAGAUAUCAAAGUAAGUUUUUUAUACUUUUUCCCUUCAGGUGCUACUCUGUGAGCUGAAAGAAACGAAACAAGCAUUUGCAAUUAAAGCACUGAAAAAAGAUGUGGUUUUAGAAGAUGAUGAUGUUGAAUGCACCAUGGUGGAAAGAAGAAUUCUGGCACUGGCGACGAGGCAUCCUUUUUUGACUCAUCUUCAUUCUGCGUUUCAGUCUCAGGUAUGAUGAGUUGUCGAACAGUUUUCAACUCUGAGUUCAAUGUAAGCUGGUAUUCCAAUGUACCCUUGAGUUCACUAAACCCAAACCAAAGUAAUCAUAAACGGGCCAAUCAGAACGAAGGAAGAUAUCAAGAAGAGCCAAUGAGAACUCGAAACAAAACCAACCAAACUACCUAAAGCGCGGGAAACGCGGAUUGCCAAGACGCAGGUGGUACUAGUUUGCCUCUGAUUGGUUGUGAGGGUGGUGCGAGUUUUCUGGACCAAUCAUAAAGCAAAAUAAAACAAAUUUGAUGCAAUCCCGUGUUACUUACAAUUCUUGAAUGAAGAGUUCUCUAAAAUGCUCUGUGACUGGUCUUGAUAACUCGCCCUUCCCGAACCAAAUCAGUUGCAACGCCAAAACUGUUCGCUCCAUGGUCACCCGCGCUUCAAGCAGUUGGCUUGUUUUAAGGCUACCUUUGGCUACUUGUGAUAUUUGCCCUUCUUAAGUUUUAAGUGUUUAUUAGCCCAACUUAAGGAUGAAACUUACCGCUUUUAGGAUCACUUAUUUUUCGUCAUGGAGUACCUCGGAGGCGGUGACUUGAUGUUCCACAUACAAACUGUCGGCAAGUUUGAUGAGACAAGAUCCAGGUACGUUAUCACAGACAUGUUUGGAUUAUAGAACAAAGUUCAAUUGCUUCGCUUUGUGAUUGGUCCGGAAAACUCGCGCCACCAUCCCAACCAAUCAAUUGCUAAACUAAACCAAUCCCAACUUGGUUGCCUGCAUUUUCCCGCGCUUCAAGCAGGUUGCUUUUUUUUACAACACUCUGCCGCAAAGCGCUCUGAUCCGGGAUCUCGUUAUUAUUGCUAUUCUUGCGAUUGGUCCAAAGACUCGAAACCUUCUCGUUCAAUCAAAUCAAAUGAAAAAAAUGUCACAAUGAUGUCGUGGUCGUUUAUAUUCCCUCCCUUCGGGCCGUUUACUGGUAGAACACGGUCACUGAUGUUUUUCUUUUUUGUUAUUUUACUGAUACACAGGUUCUAUGCUGCUGAAAUUGUGUGUGGCUUGGAAUUCUUACAUGGUCGAGGAAUCGUUUACAGGUACCAAUUUCCUUGCAGAUAUAAGUAUCAUUUGUAACAUUUCCCCCUUUACUGAGUCGUAAUGUUGGUGAUUAGUUGAUUAAUUGCAGUUUACAACCGUCACUUUCCAUAAAAACUCAAUUUGAACUUCCAACACUUUAAAUUGUAGACUUAUAACUCUGAACCAGUUUCGUGUCUUGCGCAGUAAAAUACUUAAUAUGUUAUUUGCUCUUCAACAAAGGACAUUUAAAUGGGUUGCACUUUGUUGUAUAUUUGUUCCUUUUGAAAAUUGCCGUCUAAAAAGCGUGUUUCUAAAUUAGAUGCCCCCAGCCCUUAACUCAUGCACGAUUCUUCUUUUUCCUGUCAUUUAUAGAGAUCUAAAACUCGAUAAUGUUCUGCUGGAUGCAGAUGGUCACAUCAAAUUAGCAGACUUCGGUAUGUGCAAGGAAGGAAUUUCCGAAUCUAAGAAGGCGACAACAUUCUGUGGAACGCCAGAUUACAUUGCACCCGAGGUCGGUUUGAAAUUUUUAUUUCUAUUUGUCUGUGUUUUGUGUUGUUCUUUGUUGCUUGCCAUUGGACAUUUGUCGAAGCCGAAAAUAGAUUUCUUUGAUCAUGCUUCGCCCUGUGAUUGGUCGAGUAAACUCGUGCCGUCCUCUCAACCAAUCAGAUGCAAAUGAAAACUAUUCGCGACUUGGUCACCCGCGUUUUCCCGCGCUUCAGAAUGGUUGUAAGUAUAUUCUCCUGUGACAAUUACCUCGUUCUUAUCGGCCGUUGUGAUUCCUUUUUGCGAUAAUUGACCGACCUUAGCGAAAGAGGAAAGCACACGUUAAGUUAAGUAUCGAGUGAGAGAAAGAGGCAUAAUUGUAGACGGCCAAUUACAAGAACAGAGCGCGGGAAAACGCGGGUUCCUACGACGUGUUUGGUGUUAGUUUUGCAUCUGACCGGUUAAGAGGGUGGCGCGAAUUUUUAUGGACCAAUCACAUAACAAAGUAAAAGAAAAUUAUUACAAUUCCAGAUUUCUUUCAAUACUCAAUUAAAAACUUUACUAAUGUUUCACUCACCUCGUUUGUUGCAGAUACUGAAGGGAUGGCGUUACGACUCGGCAGCUGAUUGGUGGUCUUUUGGUGUUCUUUUAUACGAGAUGCUGAUUGGUCAGGUGCGUGUUACACGUUAAAUAUAUUUUAAAUUUCCAUCAGAAUCUCCAACGUUAUUCAAAAAAACCAUUUAUUAGAGCAAUUUAGUGUCACAAAUAAGACGGGAUUGCUUUGGUUCUGCUUUACUUCGUUCUGAUUGUUAUAGAAAAGUCACGUCUCUAUCUCAACCAAUUAGAUAAAAAACUAAACCCAAUCACAACUUGGUCACUCGCGUUUUCCCGCGCUUUAUGCAGUUGGUUUGGUUUUCUUUGAGUUUUUAUCGGCUCUUAAGGGCAUUUUUCUUUUCUUCGGAUUUACUUUGGUUUUGCUUUUACGAUACUCAGUCGAAAAGCACUGUAUGUCUGCACUAAUCAAAACUGAAUUGGAGUACAGUCCGUUCUAUAACCGUUACCAUUAUUUUUUCACCUAUAUGUUGUUAUAUUUUGUUCAAGGAAGCUCCCUCUUCUCGAUAGUCUAGAGGUGUUAAAAAUUCCAGGCAUAGGCAUACUUGAUGUUAUGUUUUCGUUUUCUCAACAGUCUCCGUUCGCUGGUGAAGAUGAGGAAGAUUUGUUUGACUCCAUCUGCCGUGAUAAGGUUCAUUAUCCAAAGUGGAUCUCACAACCUGCAGAAGAUUGCUUGAGCCAGGUGGGUACAGUGUAUUGAAAAAACAGAAAAAUGAUACAAACUCUCGGCUCAGUUUGUACCUUAUGAUCCGUAUGCAUAUUCUCUGUACUGUUCUCUGUGCACAUCUGUUAAUGACAAGGAGAAUUUGUUGAACGAGCUAGUGCUCCUAAAUUUGGUGCGGAUCAUGUUUUUUCAUUCUCAUGGCCAUAAUGUUUGAUUCAGUUGUAACACAGCAAAGAGAAAUUAGAUGUUAGUCACUCUUAUGGCUCAAAAGCUAAGUCGCAUUUUGUUUUUCCUGUAGCUCUUUGAAAGGACCCCGAUGGAGAGGCUUGGCUACAGAAAUGGAACCAACCCGGCCAUCCGAAAUCACAAGUUUUUUGAACGCAUUGAUUGGGUUAAGCUUGAAGACAGGAGAGUGGCACCGCCCUUCAAACCUAAUGUGGUAAGUGGGCAUCUUAAUUCUCUUGACCAGUCCCAGGCCGAGUGCUGUUGGUGGAGGGGGGGGGUAGGGAAGUCGAGGGGUUAUAUCCCCCUACUGUCAAAGAAAUGAUAAAACGCGUACAAGAAUUAAUACAUUAGGAGAGGUUGUAGAGGUGAGUGUAACCAAUUGCGAAAACACAUUACAACAUUCCCGUUGAAGGAACUACGAACAAAAAAGCAGACCAAAGAACUAAAUGAAACAUAAUUUCCGAGGUGGUGAGAGGAAAUUGGUGAAUUGCCCUCAAAAAUUCCUGCAAGGAAAAAUCGAAAAAAAUCGAAAAGAUAACUUAAGAUGUCAAGGGCACACUGAGCUCUGGACAAAGACCGUGGAGCAAGGCGAAAAUAUUUCUGGACCAACACGACCGUAAAAGCAGUCGUUGAAGGAGAAUAGAGAGUGUUUUCUGACAGGGCCGAACAAGGGUUGUACAGUGGACUGGAAACGAGAAUAUUGUAACAGGAAAGAUACUCCUCCCAUGAAAGUGGUCUUUCCCUGAGUGAAAGAUUUAUUCAUAAGUCCUCUCUAACAUUGCUAACAAUUGUGUCCCUGUUCAACCCCUACAGGGUUCAGAUCACGAUACGAACAAUUUUGAUCCCGAUUUCACCAUGGAAGCACCACGGUUUACCCCAACAGACAAAGAUCUACUGCAGUCAAUGGACCAGGGACAAUUCCGAGGAUUCUCGUUUGUAAAUCCUUACUUUGGUACACAGCACUAAUUUAUAGACUUAAAGAAAACCAUUUUGCCUAGUGUGCAUCUUGAAAAAUUUAACGUCGCGUUACGUCUCCUCGUCACGCAACGCUAUCGUAACUCACGCAUUGUGUGACUGAUGCUUAGGAGUCAUUAUCAAUUAUGAAACUUGGAAAUUUGGCUGGGUUUUGAUUUUUGCGGAUUUUGGGUUUAUCCUUGAUCCGCUAAAAAAAAGUUCUAAGAAAAAUAAUGAGCUGUAAAAAUAAGACGCCAGAAAAAUUACUUCCUUUAGUCAUAAAAAUCUCUGCAUAUUGGUUAAAUUGCACUCCGUGUUCGAUUUUCACUCGAAAUCUUCAUCAACGAAUCAUCUACUCUGCAUCUCGCUCCCUUUUUCGUUGAUAUUCUGAGCUUGAAAAUUUUGCUCCGCUGACCAAAACUCCCGCUAGAUUUCCGCACUACAAAGUAAACUUUCCGCGUUCGUCAAUUCCAGUCCCGUCAAUGUUCUCCAUCUUAAGCCAGCCUUGUAUCUUUUAGGUUUGUUUUAUCCAUUUUGCCAUUUUUCCUUCUCAGUAGAUUAUUAUUUUGUAUUUGUCUUCUUUUGAAGUUUUUUUUAUCGUUAAAUGUGAUUACAAAGCUCCUUUUGUGAGGUGUAACUUAGUUAUUCCAACUUGAUUUACCUGUUUCACGCCCUCAUAAUGAUCGCCUCGGCACCAGCCUUCCUUUGCCCAUGGGAAAGUAUGAGACCUUGGGUCUGGCACUGGUAAUGAGGCUGAUUAUUAGUUCCAGACCCUCGGCAGUCGUCUUCUCGACUUGCCUCAAAUUUUCUCCCGCGGGCAGAGAAACGCGCGUCCUGCAGCGCUCAUGAUGAGGGCCUGAUUGCAGGCUAUAAAAAUUCACUCUAGUUAGGAAUGGUCCUUAAGCUUAACUUCUGAGACUUGUCAUUUGUUCUUUACUUCUAAAUUUAAUUCUUAGUAUGACGAAUUCGUCUCAAGGCUCUCAGUUUUUCGUGUAGGCCGCUCUAGAGUUUAUAUCAAAUUGAAUAUGAUUGUUAAAUCUCAGUUGUCCUUGCGUGACCCUCGCUUGUCACGCCUCAGACAGCACAUUAAUGACGCGUGACUUACCUCAUGAAAGACUAAACGUUCUUUUCAUGGGAUCAAAGCUAUGGGGCUAGUUAGAGCAUGAAAAGUAUAUGCAAUAUCGAAAUCAAAAUGCAAUCAAAUUAUAUUUCUUUUCAUUUCACUGAAAAGUCCUCUCAAUAAUCUUAAAUCUUUCCUUGUUAUGAUUUCGAGUUUUAGAUCGGGAACCAGUCUCAAACUGAAAAAGGAGAAACAAUUAGUGAAAGGGAACAUUAGUUUUUACAUUUCUUUCCAAGGAAGAAAAUUCCGGGAAUAGUAAAAGAUUAGGAAAUAUCAAAUUUACUUUUAAUCAUUUUUAAACUUUUAAACUUUAGGAUGUUGGAAGUUUUAUUUGAAUCAUAUGAAUUGUAAUCGGAAUCAAGUAAACUGAAAAGUGUUCCUUCUGUGUUGAAUAUUGCACUU